CUGUCAAUGAUUUCAAGGUCUUGGUGUUUGAACAUGUAGGAAAAUGGAGCUGUUUGUGGUGUUUCUGUUCCUUCUUUACGCAUCUCGGGAGUCUUUGACUGUAAAAGUGGAGGUUUAUAAGGGAGGUCUGUCGUUCUGCCCUGCCAGUACAGCCAAGUAUUAGAAGAGAUUCUCACAGUGAAAUGGAGCCGCUAUGAUCUCAAUCCCAACACUGUACAUCAACAGCGAGAAGGAGACGACCUACAUUCACAAAAUCAACUUUUCAAAGGACGAACAUCAAUGACGCCUCUUUCUCUAGAUUCUGGCGACUUCAGCCUCACUUUGAAAAAACCCCAACUUUCUGACAGCGGGAUCUAUAUCUGCAGUAUCACUGAUGAUGGAGAAAAAAAGCUAUCAGACGUGCAGCUCCAUGUCAAAGUUUUGCUCCCAGCCUCUAAGGAUGCUUUGACCGUAAAGGUGGAGGUUCAGUGGGCCCAAUUUGUUGUGCUUCCCUGUCAGUACCAUCAAGUAUUGGAAGAGAUUGUUACAGUGAAAUGGAGCCGCUAUGAUCUUAAUCCCAACACUGUCCAUCAAAGACGAGAAGGAGACGACCUACGUGGACAAAAUCAGAUUUUCAAUGGACGAACAUCAAUGAGAGCCGAUGCUCUGGCCUCUGGUGACUUCAGCCUCACUCUUAAUGAACCCCCUGUCUCUGAUAGUGGGAAUUACACCUGCACCAUCAUUAAUGAAGAAGAAGAAAUUAAGCUGUCAGAAGUUCAGCUAAAUGUCAAAGCAAUUCCAACUUGGGUUCUGCUGGUUCUGCUGGUUUUGCUGGUUCUUACCAUUUUUGUGAGCCUUUUUUUUAAGUUCCGACAAUAUUUAAUGUCAGAAAUUUCUACUCGGGCCAGAAUUCUCUUGGUUUUACUGGUUUUGCUGGUUCUUGUUCUUGUUUCCGGGGCCCUUUUAUUCUAUUUCCAACAUAAAUUUAAGUCAAAAAUUCCAACUUUGGCCUUAGGUGUCCUGUUUCUGCUGUUGUUUCUCACUAUCAAUGUGAGCACUUUGUUCCAUUUUCGACAACGAUACAUAUCAAAAAUUUCAUUUUGGACCAGAAUUCUCCUGAUUGUGCGGGUUUUCCUGGUUCUGCUGGGUCCUGUUUUUUCUGUGGGCUGGUUUUUUAAUUUUAUACCAGGCAAGUCCCUUUUUAUGACAGUAUUAAUGCUAAUAUCUGGCAUGCUGAGUGUUCAGUGUUAUGACUGUAAGAAACUGAACCCACAUCAAUAUGCUUUUGAUGUGGGUUCACAUCAAAACCCACGUUAAUAACUUAAUAUUUCUUUUUUUAUUCCAUAGGAAUAUAUUUAACAUUUUUAGGAAUUGCUGUUGUUGUGAUGGCUGUUCUUGCUAUUUGUGCGGAAAUUGUAUUUCAUUUCAAAGACUAUUUGCUACCAGGUGAGUCUCUUCUACAGUAUAACUUUAAAUAGAGCAGUCUUCUCAGAGUCGAAAUAAAAAAGCUCCUGCAAAAAAAGACUGUUCAACAAACAUUUUCAAAUUGUGCUUCAUUAGGCUUUAGAUCAGGCCUAAAAAAUCCAGCCCAGCUCAAGCACAUAGGUAUUGUGUUAAUUAAGUUACAGGCCCAAGCCAGAAGUAAUAUUUAUAAUGAACCUUUUACUGCCUUCAUUUUUAGAACACCAUUUGACAAAGCAGUGUAACUUCUCCUGUUUUUAGCUUUUAUUUAAUGA